GGGGAGAGGAGAUGGGCACUGUUGUGGUGGGAGCAAGGGAAGCAAGUGGGUGUGAGGGAGAGACGGGGACGUUGGGUGCGUAGGAGUCUAAAGGACCGGAGUGAUGUGGCCUGAAGGCGCCAGAAGUGUGCAAAGGAGAUUUUGGGUAAAUGAGGGAACGAUAUCCCUGCUUGAGAAGGUUUUGGGGAAUGUUGGAGCAAAAAGGAGUAACCAGACCAUUAGUAGGAGCAAAGGAGGAAGGAAGUGGGUGUUAAGCGAUUGGUGAUACUGGGAACUGACAGCAUUUAAACGGGGUUAGGCUGGGUUGAAGUUCGAGUGAAGAUUAAACUAUAGAAAAGAGAACCAUUGAAGGAAUCUUUUUAAGUGAGAAAAAAUUUGGAAGGAAGUUUGGGUAGUAAAAGUAUUUGCAUGGAGACUGAGAUGUGAGAAAAGCUGAAGGCUUGGAAAGAGGCAUGUGAAGAGCUUUAAAAAGGCUGGGGCCCAGGAAGAGUAGGACUGGGGUAGAGGGGAAUCCAGGAGGCCGGGGACAAACCUGAAAAGCAGGAGUGAUGUGGGAAACCAAGGGAGCUGGAGGCAGAGGAAGAGAAAAUGUGGCUCUUUAGCUGGUGAAGUGGGAGCCACAGCUAGGAGUGGCUCAUUUAGGGAAGCUUUCUCUUCUCUGACCUGAUUGGACACCCUUCCUCUGAAUUCCCGCAGAGCCGAAGAGGUGCAAGGGAACAUCCCAUCAAACCAAUGGAGGACUCAGGCAUGGCUUGAGGACUCAGUCUGGUUACAGCUUUUUCCUCCAAGUCAAGGAGGGUUUUUCAUACAGGGUGUUUGGCCAUUGUUGAAAGGGAGCAAUGACAUGGGGGACAGUUGGCAGAUGGAGUUGGUAUUCAGAUGUCAUGCCUGUUUAAAUCUCCCCGUUAAGGCCAGCAACUGCAAACCUUAUUUUCCCGGUUAUCUGGUGAUCACUGAAAUCUUGCCUUGGGUCCUGAGAGAAAUGUUAACCUCUCAGUUCCUAGAACUUCAAGCUCUUUCUUCACUCAGGAGGUCCAUGAACUAGGAAUAUGGGAAGAAGAUAUGAAAGUGUCUGGGAUGUUCUCUCCUCUGUACUGGAAAGGCUGUGGCCAUGUCCGCUUCUUUUCUCUGAUUAGGCAAGUGAUGGAGAACUAAAUAAAGAACAGUUCAAGGGAAAUUGUCCCUGGUCAGCACCUGACCUUGACAAUGGUGAUGCAUAAGGGAAUGGGGAGGGGGAAGUAGAGCUGAGAAUCUCAUCUUCAUCCAGGUGCAUUAAGUCCGGGAGAUACUUGUGAAUAUUUGCUGUAUUCCUUCAAAACUCAUUUUCUUUUACCAUCUGUGGUAGAGUUAGAGAAGUUGGGUUAGGGCAGGGUAGCUCACAGAGCACGUUGAUCAAAACCACAGGAUCUAAGAGGUGAAGGUCUAACAUGAUCUGACUUGGCAGACUUAAAACAUUUAAUUCAAGUCCCAAGAAGAUACAGUUUUCUACCCAACUCCCUCAAAAUCCCUUUGUACUUCCCUCAGUUUCACAUUUUUAUUUUUAUUUUUUCCUUAUCUGGCAUAAAAAGCAGAAAGUCAGUUUUCCCUCAAUGCCCAAGGCUCAGCAAAAGGCAACAUUGUUCCAAGAUACUAAGUGGUCUUUUCCCCCACAUGAGGGGAUGAAUUUUUCCAGUCCCCUUCCCUGAGGGCAGCCACAGCUACCUGGUCAUUAUGAUUUCUCUCCUCAUGACUUUUGGUGUCUCCUUUCUCUCCCACUGCAACUCCACUUUCUUUGCAUCUCUUCAGGGCACUGUGUGGCCAAGAAGAGUUGAGGAAAGAUUAUUUUUCUUAGACAAAGACAUAGCCAUGGCCUUCAGAGUGGCCUACAGAACCCAAACCCUUUCACUCAGUUGGUCCUGCUAGGAAUCCUGGGAUUUAGGAAUCAUCUGGGCUCCUGUCCAGCCCCACAUGUCAAUUCUGGAGAGGAGUUAUAACAUCCUCACCGCUCCUUCUCACCUGUCCUGCUUUUGCUUCCCAAAGGAGCAGAACAAAAAUAAGAAAUAAUUAGCAUGGUGGAGCAGAGUGGAAGUUAUUGGAAUCUUUCACUUAGAAAGUUGCCCCAGGCACUUAACAGUAAUGCCUUACUUUCUCCAGAUUCUCCAGCUUUUUCUCCUGCUCCCCAAGCCUGCACACCCAGAAACAUAGAGACCAUAGAUGUGCCCGCCUCCCCUCAUCCCUGCAGCUCUCUUUCCUUAGAUGUGAAAACAUGGUAAUCUUGGCUGGUUGAAUAUCUUCUGGACCACUCAUUUCUUUCCCCACAGUGGCCCAACUUCAACACCAAUUUCCCCACAGAGCUCAGGACGGAAUCACCAUUGCUAAUGACAUGUUUCGUCCUACCCUGCUCUCUGCCCGUGGCCCGUUUUGUAUGUUUGUUCUCCUCUGCCCAUAGUUGUCCAUGAUGCAGGACAAGAUGGAGCCAGCAGGCAGAGAGAGAUCUCCAUGGAGAGGGAGAGGUGAGGAGGAGGAGAGCAGAGCCAGCAGCCCCCUCCCUGGUAUUGCUCCUGGGGAGCUCCCUGCAGAACUGGUUCUCUACUGGGAGUGCUGAAGCGGGAGGAAGAGAUGGCACAGUGGGUCUUCUGAUCAUGGGUUUCCUGUGAAUCCUCCCUCAUUCUUCCUCUGGCCUCAUUUCAGCGAGAACGCGCCCCACUGAGGUGGCCGAAGAGUGGGUGAGGGUUUCCAGAGGCCAGGCACUCUGGUAGAUGCAUUAUGUCCUCACACAGUUUGACUUUUAUCCCCAGAACUCCUCUUCCUACCCAAAUCCAGGAGAGGAAGAAGCCUUAGAGAACUGGGACAGGAAAAUAAUGAAUCAUUUAAUUGCCAUCUUAUCUGCAUUAAUACAUAAUCUGGCCUCUCUCCCUCCUUCAGCUGAGAGAGACACAAAGGUGGUGGUCUUGGAGGUCAGUCCAAGAAAGUAGCAAUAUAUGGGUGACUGAAUGCAGAGAUAUUAUGAAAGAAAAACAUUUGAAGGGUUAAAAUUAUUUCUCUGCAUGCUUCUUGAUUCUUGCUAAGCUCUGACCCCCACUGCUUUUGCCUCUUAAUGAAAGCAACAAACAUAGCUUCCUCCUCUUUGUUUUUUCAGUCAAGGCUCAGGCAUCUACAGAAUUUAUUACUAUCCCUUUCCUGGCUGGUGCCAGAACCUCAACUUGACCUGACAAAUCCUCUUGCCAUGGAAGCACAUGAACUUAUCUGAAGCUGCUGGCUUCAGUGGCUUCUAAACACAUUUGCCCAACCACCAGCCAUGCGUUUAGUGUCCAUGGAUGACAGGGCUUGUCCAUGUCUCCAAGGCCACAGGCAGAUGAUUGCUGGAGGAUAAAUUCUUGCAUCCCAAAUCAAAUUCAUCUCCUACUCCAAAUCCCAACCUCAAUAUGACUAUGAAGUCUGAAGGGCUCCACAGCUCCUGUCUUCUCUCUGUUACAUUGUUUCUUCCUUUCACAUCCCUCCUCUGCCUCACUACCUUUUUUCCUUCCUUCUCUUCUCCCCUUCUACCUCUCCCCCAAACACUUUAUCUCUCCCAUCUUCUCUUCCUUCUAUCCUUCUUCCACAUAAGCUACACAGGGAAAUCUCUUUCCUCUCUACCCUUAUCCUUUAAACACAAAAUCAAUCUUGAGUAUCUUUUGAGCUCCCUGUUCUCAUACUGGCUGGAGGCUGGGGAUAGCUAGAAGAGUUCUGGAUGUGCUUUUUAGCCUGAUUUGUCUAAGAUGCUGAUGGGAACUGGGAUCUCUGCUCCUAUUGAGUCAGAGUUGCAUGCUUGAAGGUGAUAGCUCAUGACUGGCCCAUCCUGGAAACUAUUAAGAAAGAAAGUGUGAAGGUCUAUCAGUCAACUAUAUGUAUCAAGUGUCCAGUCUAUUCAAAACCCUGCACUCAGUGCUGUGGAAAGAUUGGAAAGAAGCAAACGGUCCUUGCUCAAAAUAAAAGAAACACAUAUCUAGAAAUGCCUAAACAAGUGUAAGCAUAUUGCAGCUGCCUAGAGCAAUCCUCUAUCAGAACAGCACAAGGUAAAAAGGGUGAGUAUACAAAUUAUAUUAACAGCCAAAGAGCAGGUUUUCUUCAUUGAAGUCAAAGGUUUAUGUCAGAAUUGUAAGAGGCAAGGAUAGCUGGAAAGGGAACAGAAAGCAGAAAAUUCAGUCUAUGGAGAUACCUGUUUUGCAUGUCCAUUUCAUUCCAGCCUCUGAUGAUAUAGCCCGCCGCUCAUCCUAAGUCUCUACCCAUGAGGCCAAACCCUAUCACUAGGUGAGGACAGUCUCAACACACAAGGACUUUGUCUACCUUGUGCCCAGAAGGCCUGGUUGCUGAGGUGGCAUCGUAUGGCCCAUGCUCAUCAAUCUGCCUAUCCUCUUGUUCUUCCCCUAUCCCCAGCAGGGAGAGAGUUUCUAGUCUAAGAAAUGGGGCCAGGAUGAAGGCUCACUGGGAGAAGGGAGUGUGUGUCUUUUUAUUCAUACCUAGAAGCUGGCAUAGUGUGACCACUUGCAAAGAUUUGCUGCCCUUUGCUUUCCUGAAGGCCUAGGUCACUGCUCUUCCUUUCUUUUCAUCCAAAAAUAAUGCAUUUAAGAGAACCAAGUCAUCCCAUGGUCUCUGGGAAACUCUGAUUGUCUCACUCCUCCCUACCAGCCUCCAGCUCCCUCUUUCCUCACUCCCAAUCUCUCCCCAGACCAAUGCAGUGAAUGCCAUAGGGCCUCACAAAGGCAUCCUGGCACACUUUCCCGCUGGCCCAAAACCAAGCAAAGGAAACAACAGUUGGUCCUGCUGAUUCAGCAAAUCUCUGCACAGCCCGAGUUUCAAAGGUCACUUAUGAGAAAAGGCAGCUGGGGUCGGGGCUGGGUGGAGAGGGAAUGGAAGGGAGGGUAACAUGAAAAAAGAGGGAAGGGCUGGGACAAACAUCAGGGCUCACAAUCUGGAAAGAGACUCAACUCCUGAAUUUACACCCCAUGUAAAGAUUUUUAGACAAGCUGCCUUGUUGGGAAGCCUGAACAUUUUUUUUCACUGGAGCCUAAGCAUAUCUCAGUGGCCCUGGGCACAGGGCAAUGGCAGCUUAGUAAGGAGUUCUUAGUAAGAGGCCCUGGGGACACUCUCACUGCACCUAGCAGAUUCUCAAAUGUGAGGCCAUCUGGCAGGGUUUCCAAGGCUUGGGCCACUGUAGCAACUUGCUCCUCUGCUUCUGGAAAAGCACAAAGUGCAGGUUGCCACAAAGGCUCCAAAGGGUUGCUUAUUUCCAUGGAAGAAAGGGGUGGUCAUCUUUAUUUCAGUCAAUGAGGGCAUUAACAAAAAGAAAGGGAAUCAGGGCCAGGUGUGGUGGCUCACACCUGUAAUCCCAGCACUUUGGGAGGCUGAGGCGGGCAGAUCACAAGGUCAGGAGAUCGAGACCAUCCUAGCUAACAUGGUAAAACCCCAUCUCAACUAAAAAAAUGCAAAAAAAUUAGCUGCUCAUGGUGGCGGGCACCUGUAGUCCCAGCUACUCGGGAGGCUGAGGCAGGAGAAUGGCGUGAACCCAGGAGGCAGAGCUUGCAGUGAGCUGAGAUCGUGCCACUGUACUCCAGCCUGGGUGACAGAGCGACACUCCGUCUAAAAAAUAAAUAAAUAAAUAAAUAAGAAAGAAAGAAAGAAACGGAAUCAGGAGUAAGGCAAGGGUAAAGCUAAAUCUUUCAGGCUGAAAGGAAUUUCAGGUAACCACUGGAUCACACAGUGUUCAAGAUCUAGGUGGUUGAGAACAUGGGCUUUGGGCAAGCACACCUGGGGAGAAAUCUUGGUACCUCCACAGCUGUGAGACCUCGCCUUCACUGUUUACUUUCUUUUAGCCUCUGUUUUUCCACUUAUAAAAUGGGGAAAAUAUCUACCUUGACUUGUUGUAAAGUUUUAAAAAUUACAUAUCAUUUAUUUAGUACUGUUUGGGGUACAUAGUAAGUGCUCAAUACAUUGCAGUAUUUCUACAGAUAAAGAAACCAAGAUGGGCAGAUCAGUUGAGGUCAGGAGUUUGAGACCAGCCUGGCCAACAUGGUGAAACCCUGUCUCUACUAAAAAUACAAAAUUAGCCAGGGAUGGUGGUCCAUAGUAGUCCCAGCUACUCGGGAGGCUGAGGCAGGAGAAUCACUUGAAUCUAGGAGGCUGAGGUUGCAGUGAGCUGAGAUUGCGCCACUGCACUCCAGUCUGGGCAACAGAGCGAGACUCCAUGCCUCCAAAAAAAAGAAAAAGAAAAAGAAAAAGAAACCAGGGCCCAAGAAAGAUAAAAGGUUCACCUGUUGUCAGAUGACAGUGACAGACUAGAAUGCAGGCUCAGGGUUUCUUCUACACUGCCAGCCACCUUUCUACAUGUGCUCUAUUCUCAUUUAGCCAUUCCAGACACAGGAAUGUUGGGCGUACCCUGAAAAGCAACCAGCAGCACAAAUCCACCAUCCCUCUGUGAUCUGUAAUGCUGUCUCACAAAUUUCUAGUUGGCAAAGGCUUCUUUAAGCCCAACUAAAACCUCUUCUGUUGCAUUUUAAGAUUAUUUGCACUUCUCUUAAGGAUAUCAAAGAGAUCUGAGUUAUCACCCGAUGCCCCAUGGUGAGAACAAUCACCCCUAUUUCCUAAUUAGGAAAAUUACAGUCUCAUCUAGGAGAAGGUACACUGACUUCUCAAGGACAAAAGUGGAGAGUGAGGGAAAUGGCAUCUGAACCCAGGAAGUGCUUCCCACUUCUUCAGAAUGAGGCUGAAUCAAUUUCUCCAAGUUCCUCCUUCCUAGGGAUGGAAGGUAGAACUGUACUUUUCAGGACUCUGAGGUCAGAAAGCUGAAAAGAACAGCAGGGAGGGACUAAGAGGCCUGAUGUGUGGUUGUGGGUUUUCUUCUCUUAAAGACUUUUCUUACAUGAGAUAUCUUCCAGGAAAAUGAAAACAAAUGAAAAAGAAAAGAUGGUGGCCUUCUAAAAUUCUCUCCCAGGGUGUUUGUGACUGUGAGGCCACCAUAGGCAAAGACUGCUGAUGUUUGUGUGUGCCGGGGUGGGGGUGGAGGGCAGACUGUUUUGCUGUUGCUCUUUGGUUGGAAUAAGGGAUCUGGGAGGGUUAUGUAACUCUUCAAGACUGGUGUGUGUGCUGAGCGGCACCUUUCCUCCCUGGCAGGUGGGCUGCUAUGGUCAUGCGGGCAGCCUGUCCAAGUCCCUGCCCAGAGAAGGGCCCCAUGCUCUGUGCUGGCAUCAGACCAUUCCCUCUAAGCCACAGCUUCAGGGGCUAGAGGCUUUUAGGAGCUGGGCCAGGGUCUCCUAGCCCCAUUGGGGAGUUAACCAAAUAUCAGAGCUAGAAGGAUUCUUUAAGGUAACCUGUUCAAAAUUCUCAUUUGGCAAAUGAGAAAACUAAGGCCUGAGAAGGAAGUGACUGUUGCUUCCAAACUAGCUAGUGUCAGAACUAGGUUUAGAGCUCAGAUUCUCUUAACUCUUCAUCCACUGCUCUCAACAUUAUGUGACGAUGGACCAAAAGAGCCCAUCAGGGCUGCUUCACAGGUGUGCAAGGCCAAACUUACAGCUAGUCCCAUAACCCCAGGGAGGUCCCUGUGCCUUCCAGGAUAUCUCAACUAUGUUAAUAAUUCCACAGUCAGAGACGACUUUAGGUACUUCAAGGUUAUCCUCCUUGUUUAAAUGCAAAUUCUCCUAGGAAGGGGGAAAAAUCAACACAUUUAUCCUUAUCAGUCUUUUAUACUUUAGUGUGAAAGAGUUUAUUUGAGCAAUCUCCCAGAGAAGGGUUUGGUAAGAGGGGAGGAUACUGUGGUAGCAGUGGUUAACUAAAGGCCAGGGAAGGAGGCUGCUAAGGAGCGGAAGGGCUCAUGAGGGAGGCAGUUCAGUCUAAAUGUAUUUUUAGCUCAACUAAAUUUUGCAGAGAAUUGGAAUUGCCUUGUUUGGCUCUGGUAAGGAAAGGGGAGGGACACAGGGCACUUCCACUGACUGGUCAUGGAAUAGUAAGUCUUUGGGCUAUAGAAGGGAUACUUUUCCAACGAACUUCCUGUGUGGAAGACAUAAAGCAAGAAGUUAAAGAGCAUCAUGAUGUGUGAUAAGCUUGUUUGCUCCUUUCUAGGAUCUUAAAAUAAGUUUUUGGAUGGUGAAAUGUCACAUGACUCUGUUGGGGUUUGCUAUGGGGCAGGAAGAUGUGGGCAGGAAGAGCUGGCAGGCAGCAGAGGUUGGUGUCGCACGAGCCUGAAGGGGAUGGGAGAUGAGAGUCAAACUCAACACCUAGAAGGUGCAUGAUAAAUACUGGUUGAAUACAUAAACUCUCCAUCUGUAGGGCCCAGGCAGGCUCAUGGAUUGUUGAGUGGAGGUGGGUUGUGGUAUCAGGGCUGAGGAAGAGUUGGGCAGAAGGGAGGACCCCUGGGUCCAACGGCACAGCUCACUGUCCUGAAGCUGAGCCCAUGCAGAAAGCUGGACUCAGAGGCUCAGCUCUUCAGGCUGGUUGGGGUGUGAGACGGAUGAGGGGUGAGGAGAAGACUGCCCCCGGCAAUAAACAGAACCGACCCCAAUCCUAACUAUGAGCAGGGAGAGCCCUCUACUCCCUCUGCCCCCAGCCUCUGAUCAGUCUGUCAGCCUGGGAAGCUGCAUUAAGAACAAAUCUCUGCAGUGAGAGUUUCAUCACACACACACACACACACACAAGGCCUCAGCAGGUGGAGUGAGAAACGGGCAACGGGCCUAUGAAGGCAGGAGGGAAAGGAGGCUUGCACUGUGGCCGUAUCUCUGGGGGAAAAGAGAGGAAAGAGCUGGAUUCCAGGGUCAUGAACCAGCAGCACCCAGAUUCCAGGCCCCUUACCAGGCAGGAUCAGCUGUGUUCAGGGAAGUGUCAAUACCGUGACGGGAGGGUGAGCAGGUGGUGCGCAGGCGUUUGUGGACCUGAGUGGGCACGACUCUGCGUGGGCAACUGUGUGUUACUGACUUGGGCUGGGGGAGUUGGAGGACAACCCACACUAUACUAAAGAUGCAUAGGCUUCACAGCAAAGAUCAGCAUAGCUUUAUCUCAGUAUCCCCCAGUGACCCCUGGCCUGGUCACACCAUCAGCACUCCCGGUUCCUUUUCCUUUCUCUGCAUGAAGUGUUUCAUCUCCAUUGGCUAGCCAGAUCCUCCUGGUUCUUCCCCUCCGUAAAAUGGGGCAAGUCUACCACGCCUCCAUACCCACUCUGUCUGGAGCAUGCGGGAGACCACGCCCCAGAGGCGUGAGCUCCUGGGAAGAAGGCGGUGUGGAAGGGGACAGGUACAGGAGCUGUGCCACUGGAACUCUACGGAGGUAUAGUGUCUGGAAGCUCAGGUACAGGGCGGCGAGACACACACAAAGCUGCAGUGUGAUUUUCCCUGCAGGAUAUCUCGGCCUAGCUGUGGCCAGGGCCUGGUGCCAAUGACCUCUCAGGGCUUUGGAUGCACCAGGUCAAACCAGCCAACCACUUGCCUCCAAUCAGGAAUGCACGCCCCAUCCCAGGCAGAGAGACAAGGGAGUUCCACAAUUUCUUCCUUGAUGAAUGGUUCCUAUCUACCACAAUUUUCAUUCAAUGCAUCAAAUCAACCAAUGAUUAUUUAAAAACAGCAGCUACAAAAACUCUGCAAAGCGGGUGGGAAUUUCCUGCUUGGGUCUAGUCUCCGUGUUUCCCGCGCACAGCCUGGUCUUUACCCUGGGUGCUUCCGAACCGGCAUCAUCUGGCAUCUCCGACAGUCUUGAUGCGACUUAACGCGUGGUAAGAACCCAUCAGAGAAGGCCACAGGGAUUUCCAGAGACAGGUAGAGGCACUGCACUGGGCAGCACCAGGGAGGAAUAUGAUCUUUUCAAGCAGCUGGACUCUGACCUAGAAGCUGGAACUCCUGAGUACUGAGGUCAGCACCUCUCUCACACACCCCCAGCUAUAAGCUUGAAGGAAACCCCUCCCCUUCUCUGGGCCUUGAUUUCCCCUCCUGCUCAAUGGGGACGUUCUUGGUCCUCCUUCUUGCCCACUCUACCAAGUCGCCGAGUCUGGCGAAGCAGAGCUGUCUGGGGGUCACCGCAGCAGGAGGGACCGAGCUUAGAUACGAAAAAAGACUUCUACAUGGCAAGAGCCACAGAAAGGACGCUCCAGCUGGCUCAGGAGAGGGGCCUCUCUCCCUUUCAAGAACAAAAGGUGGCAGAUACCCGGGGGCCCUGGGGCAGAACGAGGUAAAUUCUGCAAGGACUUCCACAUCUAAGACCCCAGAAAUCUCCAGCCGGCUCCCUCCGACCGAAUGAGACCGUGCUGCACCAGUUCUGCUGCCCAGCCGCCGACGCCGAGCAGAAGCCCGCCUGCUCCGACCUAGCCUCCCAAAGAUUGAAAUGCUAGAACACAAGUACGGGGGUCACCUGGUGUCCCGGCGCGCCGCUUGCACCAUCCAAACCGCCUUCCGCCAAUACCAGCUCAGCAAGAACUUCGAGAAAAUCCGCAACUCGCUUCUGGAGAGCCGCCUGCCACGGCGGAUCUCCCUGCGCAAGGUGCGGUCACCCACGGCCGAGAGCCUGGCGGCCGAGAAAGCGCUCAUGGAGGGCUACGGCCUCCUGGGGCUGCCGCUGGUGCGCUCGCCCUCCCUGCCGCCCACCUUCGCAGGCACCCUCACCGAGCUGGAGGACUCCUUCACCGAGCAGGUGCAAUCCCUGGCCAAGUCCAUCGACGACGCGCUCAGCACGUGGAGCCUCAAGACCAUGUGCUCCCUGCAGGAGAGUGGCGCUUACCAGCUCCACCAGGCCCUGCAGGCGGCCGCGGGGCCCCCAGGCCUGGAGGCCGAGGGGCGGGAGCCGGAGAGCGCAGGCCCCGGGCCCGGGGAUGACGCCGCGGAGACCCCCGGCCUGCCCCCGGCCCACAGCGGGACCCUCAUGAUGGCUUUCCGGGACGUCACGGUGCAGAUCGCCAACCAGAACAUAUCCGUCUCCUCCUCCACGGCUCUGUCGGUGGCCAACUGCCUGGGCGCUCAGACGGUCCAGGCCCCCGCAGAGCCCGCGGCGGGCAAGGCCGAGCAGGGCGAGACCUCUGGGCGGGAGGCCCCGGAAGCCCCCGCUGUGGGCCGGGAGGACGCGUCAGCCGAGGACUCAUGCGCAGCGGCUGGGGCUAGUGGGGCGGCGGAUGAGGCCACAGCCCCCAAAACAGAGGAGGAAGAGGAGGAGGAGGAGACGGCGGAGGUGGGGAGAGGGGCCGAGGCCGAGGCAGGCGACGUGGAGCAGCUGAGCAGCAGCAGCACGUCCACCAAGUCCGCCAAGUCAGGCUCGGAGGCGUCGGCCUCCGCCUCCAAGGACGCCCUGCAGGCCAUGAUCCUGAGCCUGCCGCGCUACCACUGCGAGAACCCAGCCAGCUGCAAGUCGCCCACGCUCUCCACCGACACGCUGCGCAAGCGGCUCUACCGCAUCGGCCUCAACCUCUUCAACAUAAACCCGGACAAGGGCAUCCAGUUCCUGAUCUCACGCGGCUUCAUCCCUGACACCCCCAUCGGUGUGGCCCAUUUCCUCCUCCAGCGAAAGGGCCUCAGCCGCCAGAUGAUUGGAGAGUUCCUGGGCAACAGCAAGAAGCAGUUCAACCGCGACGUGCUGGACUGCGUGGUGGACGAGAUGGACUUCUCCAGCAUGGAGCUGGACGAGGCUCUGCGCAAGUUCCAGGCGCACAUCCGUGUGCAGGGGGAGGCCCAGAAGGUGGAGCGGCUCAUCGAGGCCUUCAGCCAGCGCUACUGCAUGUGCAACCCCGAAGUGGUGCAGCAGUUCCACAACCCCGACACCAUCUUCAUCCUCGCCUUCGCUAUCAUCCUCCUCAACACCGACAUGUACAGCCCCAACAUCAAGCCUGACCGGAAGAUGAUGCUGGAGGACUUCAUCCGAAACCUUCGAGGUGUGGACGAUGGCGCUGACAUCCCCAGGGAGCUGGUGGUAGGCAUCUAUGAGAGGAUACAGCAGAAGGAGCUCAAGUCCAAUGAGGACCACGUCACGUACGUCACCAAGGUGGAGAAGUCCAUUGUGGGCAUGAAGACAGUGCUGUCCGUGCCCCACCGCCGCCUGGUGUGCUGCAGCCGGCUCUUUGAGGUGACGGAUGUGAACAAGCUGCAGAAGCAGGCAGCGCAUCAGAGGGAGGUGUUCCUCUUCAAUGACCUGCUGGUGAUUCUCAAACUUUGCCCGAAGAAGAAGGGCUCCUCCACGUACACCUUCUGCAAGUCAGUUGGCCUGCUGGGCAUGCAGUUCCAGCUCUUUGAGAAUGAGUAUUACUCUCAUGGCAUCACACUGGUGACCCCGCUCUCGGGCUCCGAGAAGAAGCAGGUGCUGCAUUUCUGUGCCCUGGGCUCGGACGAGAUGCAGAAGUUCGUGGAGGACCUGAAGGAGUCCAUUGCGGAGGUGACGGAGCUGGAGCAGAUCCGAAUAGAGUGGGAGCUGGAGAAGCAGCAGGGAACAAAGACACUCUCCUUCAAGCCCUGCGGAGCCCAGGGGGACCCACAGUCAAAGCAAGGAUCGCCGACAGCCAAAAGGGAAGCCGCGCUCAGGGAGAGGCCGGCGGAGAGCACGGUGGAGGUAUUAAUCAAUGCCUCCCCAGCCCGACUCACCAUUUUACCAAUUUCAAGAGAUACAAUUAAAAGUUACUGCUAGCAUGGGUAA